ACAGCUUCCUUCAGAGGAAAUCAGAGAAAGGGAGGAGGUGACUGACACUGGUCAGACACGGAGCUCGAGUGAUAAAGACCGCGCUGCUACGAGGUUCCAGUGUAAGACAGAGACCGCUGACUUUUGGAUUCUAACUAAACCUGAUGAUGACGUAAAACAGAAGUCUGCCGUUAGAAAUUCAAUCAAAUACACUCACGUAGAUGUCCUGAUUUCUUUUUUUGUGUGUGUGAUGUGACUGCUUGCCUUCGCCAAAGUGGCGCUUUUACGCACGAUGGAUGAGCUUUUACGCGAGCACAAUAGUUGGGUGCAGAAUGUUUCCUGGAUCAACUCAAGUCGUGUAAAUGACAGCCACCUGGGAAACAGCACGCUGAACCCUUUGAAACGAAAUGAAGAAGUGGCUAAAGUGGAAGUUGCCGUCCUGGUGUUGGUGCUGCUGCUCGCUCUGACCGGUAACCUGUGCGUCCUGUGGGCUAUCCACGCCACCAAACACAGCCAGUCCCGGAUGUUUUACUUUAUGAAGCAUCUUAGCAUUGCGGAUCUCGUGGUUGCAAUCUUCCAGGUGUUACCGCAACUCAUUUGGGAUAUCACAUUCCGCUUCUACGGACCGGAUCUCCUCUGCAGGCUGGUUAAAUACCUCCAGGUCGUGGGGAUGUUCGCAUCCACGUACAUGCUCGUCUUGAUGUCCAUCGACAGGUGUUUAGCGAUCUGCCAGCCGCUCCGCUUGGUGCACAAGAGGAAGGAUGGCUUCUGUGUGAUCGGGUCCUGGAUGCUCAGCCUAAUAUUCAGCACUCCUCAAGCGUACAUCUUCUCAUUAAAGGAGGUCGGACACGGCGUAUAUGACUGCUGGGGGGACUUUGUACAGCCGUGGGGUGCCAAAGCAUACAUUACAUGGAUGAGUCUCAGCAUUUACAUUAUCCCAGUGGCAAUUUUAAGCAUCUGCUAUGGCUUGAUAUGCUUUAAAAUAUGGCAGAACUUCAAUUUAAAAACCAGAAGGGAGCACUUUCUGGCUCUGACUCCGAGGCCCUCCAAAGGUGCUCAUCCUCUCUCUCGUGUGAGCAACGUGAGGCUUAUUUCAAAGGCAAAGAUCCGCACUGUGAAAAUGACAUUUGUGGUAGUCCUUGCAUACAUUGUGUGCUGGACUCCCUUCUUCUUUGUCCAGAUGUGGUCUGCAUGGGAUCCUGCUGCACCAAGAGAAGACAUGGCCUUCAUCAUUGCCAUGUUGCUGGCCAGCCUCAACAGCUGCUGUAACCCGUGGAUCUACUUGUUCUUUGCUGGUCACCUCUUCCACAACCUGAAGCAAUGCUUCUUCUGCUGCUGUCGACAGUAUCUCACACCCUCCUCCUGCAGCUGUGAUCGGCAGUGCGCACACAAGAGUAACUGCUCCACAUUCGUCAUCAAGAACACGAGCAGCCAACGGAGCCUCUCACACACCACCAGCACGGGAGGACCAGGACACUGAAGUGCCAGCUAGCUGAAAGCCAUCCAGGCUUCCGGUAGUGGAGUAAUCUGGCAAUCAUGCAAGUCCUGCAAUUCAGGCAUUUAAUCUUCUGCAGGAGCACUGGGGCAGCCACUGCAUUGCUUUUGAAUUCAGCUAAACAGACAGUGCAAGCGUAAAGACAUAAAGCCCACAACAAGAAGGAAGAGAAAAAUGUAUUUUUGUAGAGAAUGAAAAAUGAUGUAAACUGAAGCUUUUACACCAGAUAGAUAUCAAUUUUCCUUUUUGACUUUGUGAACAACAGAGUCCUACACAUUAUUAUUUCUUGCAUUGUAGGCUGAGGCAUGUGAAAAUUGCAAUUGUCUUUCUCUAUGCAUACAACAACAAGAUAUUUCAGAGUUGUUGCUAUGCUGCCGCUUUGGUCUUGAAUCUUGCUGUUGUCCUAAUUUGACCUUAAAAGAUAAGAUAUUAUCACAGUUUCCCCUGAAUAAGGAGAUUUUUAUUAUUGAAGGAAGAGAAGCAGGAGAUUGGCAGAUUACAAAAGCAUCUUCACACCAUACAAAUGAGCACUGAUUCACGUACUGUAAUAGUUGUUGUGAGCCUUAAAGCAACAUCUCUUAAGCAUGUUAUAUUUAUGCUAUUGUGCUUUAUCACUAGUUAAAUGUUGAUAUGCACAAAUGAUUAAAGAUAAAAUCCAC